GAUUUAUCUGCUGCCUUCAUGCUGGAAAAGCAUAAGCACAUUGGUUUCGUCUCUAAGAAGGAAAGUAAUUAGAUUUAGACCAGUCAGUAUCUUCUUUUUCUUCUUGAAGCAGGAACCAUUAUAAGUUCUUGGGAGAAGAGAAUUGAGUUGGAUUUGACAUUGAGGAAAGUGUGAAGAGGAGGCUGAAUUUUUAGGAUAAAUUGUAGCUGGAAGCUCGUGUUGAAUUGCAACCCACCAUUUCAGUCCUGGAUGAACCACUUUCCACCUGAGAUUAUUUUAAGUGGCAAGAUAAGGCAAGAAAUAUAUUGAGGAAGGACCUUCUUGUUUCCUAUUUUGGUGAUCUUCCUGAGGUAUCUGCAGGUUUUCUGACAUGGGGAAUUUCAAAGGUCAUGCCCUCCCUGGAACCUUCUUCAUUAUCAUGGGUAUUUGGUGGACCAUCAAGUGCAUUCUGAAGUAUGCCUUCAAAAAGCACAAAAGGACUUCCUACCUUGGCUCCAAAGCAUUAUUCCAUCGAAUAGAAAUUUUUGAGGGAAUCGUAUUAAUUGGCAUGGCCAUCACUGGCAUGCUCGGGGAGCAGUUUAUUCCUGGUGGGCCCCACUUAGCCUUAUAUGACUAUAAAGAGGGCCAGUGGGUCGAACUCUUGAGCUGGCAUCAUUUCACCAUGUAUUUCUUCUUUGGGCUGCUGGGUGUGGCAAACAUCUUGUGUUUUAUCAUCAGUUCACUUCCCACCUCCUUAACCAAGUUAAUGUUGUCGAAUGGCUUAUUCGUGGAGGCUUUUGUCUUGUACAAUCACACUCAUGGCCGGGAAAUGCUGGACAUCUUUGUGCACCAGCUGCUGGUCUUGGCCGUCUUUGUGGCAGGCCUGAUUGCCUUCAUGGAGCUCUUCAUACGGACCAAUAUCACUGUGGAACUUCUUCGGACAAGCUUUAUCCUGCUUCAGGGGAGCUGGUUUUGGCAGAUUGGUUUUGUCCUUUAUCCCCCCAGUGGAGCUCCUGCAUGGGAUGCAAUGGAUCAUGACAACAUCAUGUUUCUCACCAUAUGCUUUUGUUGGCAUUAUGCAUUAAACAUUGUUGUUGUUGGAAUGGUUUAUGCCUUUGUCACUUGGCUGACAUCUGGGCCUCAUCUCAUUAGGGGCUGGGAAGCCUCCAAGAAUAAUGGCAACAUUCAAGGAGCCUCUCUAACUCAUGUCAGCUCCCUUCCAGAGUCAAAAGAAGACUACUGUCUCUUCCUGUUUCAAAAAGCUUCAGACCUCUCUUGUCCACUUACAGUUUUCUCGAAACCAGAAAGUCCAUGUUGACUUCCCCAGCCUUUACCUUUUUGACCACUUAGUCCCCUCUACCUGGCAUAUCCAAAUUAAAUGCUUAUCUCUUCUAUGAAAACUUUGUGACUGUUCUAGACUCAUCUCCCUUCAUGAGUUUUCUAGCACUUUAGUCACGACUACCCUUUUUUGCAAUUGCAAUCUAUCUUUACUGUUAGCUCAUGUCAGCCUUACCUGCUAGCUAGAUUGUAGCACCUUGAGGAAAAUACCCUUUUCAUGUUUUGCACAGAUCUUGGCAUGCUGUCAAAUGGCAUUCCAUUUACUGAGUAGGUACUCAAUAAACAUUUAUUUACUGUUUUAAUA